CUGUCUGACUGGACAGUUACUCUUACUGGAGUUUUGUGUGCUCUUUUGGGUGUGGUACUGAGGUGUCACUUCUUCCUCAUGUGCGACCGAGUGUGUGACCAGAAAUCAUGUGGCAGAAAAUAGGUGGGUGGAGCGCUUACUGCCUAUAUGUGUAUUUCAUGUGUUGGUGUAUGCGCUCUUGCCGUGAACAGUAGAUGAAAAUCAAGUAAACAUUACAGAAUCAAUAUGGAAAAGAAUGAAGAGGCUAAAAUGAAUGUAAAAGCAGGAUAAAAGGACCAAGCUGCAUGCUGGCACUAUUCAGAAUGUCGAUGCGGAAUGUUUUUUGCUUUUCCAUUUCUUGAGCUCUCCUGUAACGAGAGACUGAAAACAGCAUCUCUGCUUUUCAAUGGACAUUUUCCUGGCAUCCGUAAUUCUGGAAACUUCAUGUAAGGACAACAUAUUACACUAGACCUGAACUCAAAUUAUUUUAUUAAAACAGAACAGUAUUUUAAAACAGUAAAAUAUAUGGAAAUUAUUCAUAUUCAUAAUUUGUCAGCACAAGGACCGGAAAUUCUGACUUGGUCAGUCUUGGGAAGGCUAAUGGAAAGAACCUGGAUUUUUUUGUAACAGCAGACAUGGACACUUCAGUUUCAACUCUGGUUAUUUGAAUUUUGACUUUGCUUUCUGUUUUAUUGACUUGUGGAAUAUGGUUGAUCGACUACAGACAGACUAAACUUGGUCUUAAAGAGACAGUAGACUUUACCGGAAGGAAAUGGAAAGUAAGCCCAGCAAUUCAUUUUUGGACAAAUUAACAAACUUUUUUACUCACCAUGAAAAGUAUGAUCUCCAAACACUGGCUGAGGAGAGUCAAAGUGUGACUUCUUUUCAUUCUUUGGCUGAGAAAGGAAAUGUUAAUGAUCAACAAAAAUGUGUUCAAAGGCAGGAUGGUUUCGAUGAUCAGGGGGGUGAUUUUGAUAUAAUUGUUCAGACUUUACAAACCAAUCCUGUGGAAGACAGAACAAGGGACCAUGUCAACAGAUCACAGCAUCAGAAUGUUAAUGAAACCGAUGAAAUUGAUUUUUCUUCAGGAAAGGAGGACAGGAAAGUGGACUUGGACCUAAAUGUUGACCACCAGAAAGAUAUUUACAACAAAACAUCAGGAGCAUGCCAGACUGACCAGGGUAUAACAGAUGGUCAAGCCGACACACCCCCUAAAUCGCUUAGCAAGGUCUCAGCCAGUGACAGUGCUAAAAGACUGGACAAACAACUUGAGAACCCAGCACUCAUUACAGUGGAUAAUAAAGAACCUGAUUUCAGAGAGGGAUGUCAUUUCAGUGACGAAGAGUUUGUUUCCAAAAGCAAUGAUAAGGAUAUGAGCAAAAAGGGACUCAAGCAGGGCAAUAAGGAGCUUUUUGGUGUGGUGCAAAAUAAGAAAGAAGAAGGCCACAUAGAGGAAACCAACAGCAGCAGCAAAGAAACUAUGAAAAUGUUCAGACAGAACCUUGAGGAAGAACCAAUGAAAAACAGAGUCAGUCAAGAUGUCCUCACAGGCAUUGAUCUGACAAAAUUUUUAAUAACAGAGCCUUUAAAUUCAUCCUCAAAUAACAAUAAUGACUUCUUACUGCAAAGUCAGCAGGAAGCAUCUGCCGCUGAGACCAAAACAGAGUCUGAUGGAAAUCAUCAAAACUCUGCAGAUGUUCCAAAGAUAACCAAAACGGGUGCAAAUGAACAAACUCUGAUUAACAACCUCCAGAUAUCCACAAACACAGGCAUUCAUACCAAGUUAGCAUGUUGUGAAGUUCAUAGUCUCACCAAUAAAAAGGUUCUUUCUUCAAACUCACCUGCAAACACCAGAACUGUAGUCACCACCCUUACAUGUGGCAAAGAACCUUCUGCAGGAUCAUGUGUUGAAACUGAAAAGAUCCACUUGAGAGAUGAGACUGCUUUUGGUCAAGCUGCCGUCAAUAGAAGCAGUGAAGAAGCAGACAGCAGUUUUGUAGAGGUCCAUCCACCUACCACAAGUCAGAAGAACCGAAUGAAUCAUUCUGAGAGUGGAGGUGAGAUUUCUGAAGGAUUUGGCCUCUGUGACACAGAACACAGUUCAUCUGAGCCUGAUUAUUCAGAACUAAAACCAGGGACCAUCCAGCUGGAGCAACAAGUGCAUACAGAAGAAAAAAUUAAUGAAGACAAUGAAGAGGAAAUAAUACAAGAGGAGACUAUAUUAGAUACAGUUUCAUCUUACAGGGAGAAGACCACAACAGACCAAACCCCUGUAGCUCUGAAAGAAAAACCCCUUCAACUGUCGUCCAUCUUCACCGGGCUUCUCAGCCCCAAGAAAGAAGCCCUUGAGGAAAAAGACGUUCCAGAGCAACCCCAAAGCCCUGCCAGAAGAAGACUUUUAACAGAUCAGUCUAACAAGAAAGAAGUUAAGGGAGACUUCCUAGAACAGCUUACCCAAUUCCUCAGCAAGGGGGAAGGGAAGAGAAAGCAAGAGAGCAUGACAAGCCCCCCACUGUCUCCAGUCAGUCAGGACCCUGCAGAAAACCAAGAGACAACUGUAGAGGAGCCGGCCGUUCUCCAGUCUGAGGAAACAAACAAAUCUACAAAUGCAGAAACGGCCUUAGGUGCACUGAAGGCUUUCUUCACAAUUAAGUCUGCCAAAAAGGACACUUCAAAUGGCAUGGACCUGGAAACUGUAAAGAGGAAGAUCAACAGGGACAAAGACGUCCUCAAAGCCUUCUUUGAUAGGAGCUCAAGCAAGUCUCCAGACAACAAAGAAACUACUGAUUCCAAAGCUGAGGUGAGUGAAGAGCACACUCCAAAACGACUUCAGACUGUUUGGCCUCCACCAAAAUCCAAAGACGAAGAGGAAAAGAUUGGUCUGAAAUACACUGAAGCAGAGCACCAGGCAGCUCUUCUACAGCUAAAAAGGGAAUGUAAUGAAGAGGUGGAGAAGUUACAGGCUGACUUCAAAGUUGAGCUCUUUCGGUUACAAAAGAAGAACGAAGAGGACCUGUCCAGACUAGAGACAACCAUCACCAGCUUACAAAGAGAGAGAGACAAAGAAAGAGACAGAAAUCACAGAGAUGUUUCCGUGUCCACUGAAGACAACAUCAAGCCACGGGCCUUCCGCUCUGUGUGUAUUCAGACAGAAAAAGAGACAGUCAUCAAGCCUGAGGAGGCCAAGGAAGCCCAGAGCGGUGACUUUGACCCCCUGCCUAAAAAUGCUGACCUCAGCUCAACAGAGAACUUUACUGGCAAACAAAAGACAGUUCCUCCUCCAGCUCCCCCACCUGUAUCACUUCAGUUACAGAUGGAUAGCAACAAUACUCCACCUCCACCUCCACCUCCUCCUCCUCCUCCUCCUCCUCCAAAAGGCCCUUGUACUCCUAAUGUACCUCCACUUCCUGCUCAGCCACUAGAGAGGCCAGGAGGUGUGCCUCCUCCACCUCCUCCUCCUCCACCUCCACCAAUGACAGGAUGUGGUGUUCCACCACCGCCACCACCCGUCCUCCACUGUGCCCCCCCUCCCCCUCCUCCUGGAGUUGGUAUCUUCUCAAGUAAAGCGGCAGACAAUCCUCCUCGCAAGUCAUCAGUGGAGCCGGUCUGUCCAAUGAAACCGCUGUACUGGACACGGAUACAGAUUCAAGAUAACAGGAACAAUAUGCUAUGGAGUUCCCUGGAAGAGCCAGAGAUAAUAAACACCAAUGAGUUUGCGGAACUGUUUGCUAAAGCCACAUCGCCCACCAAAAGAAAGCCCCUAUCCGAAGCCUAUGAGAAGAAAACCAAAGCCAGGAAGGUCAUUAAGUUACUGGAUGGCAAGCGCUCUCAGGCCGUGGGCAUCUUAAUCUCAAGUCUCCAUCUGGAGAUGAAGGACAUUCAGCAAGCUGUUUUGACUUUGGACAAUUCUGUGGUUGACUUGGAUGCUAUCGAAGCUCUGUAUGAAAAUAGAGCUCAGCCUGAGGAGUUAGAGAAGAUUAAGAAACACUAUGAAACCUCAGACGAGGAGCAGGUCAAACUACUGGACAAGCCUGAACAGUUCCUGUAUGAACUCUCCCAGAUCCCGGAGUUUUCCAGUCGAGUUCACUGUUUCAUUUUUCAGUCGAAGUUCACUGACGCCGUUGCCUCCAUACAGCGCAAGACCGAGAUUAUUCUUCACGUCUGCAAGUAUCUGUUGGAGAAAGACAGUGUGAGGGAGGUAAUAGGACUGGUGCUUGCUCUGGGAAACUACAUGAAUGGAGGCAGCAGAGCUCGAGGACAGGCCGAUGGAUUCGGACUUGAGAUUCUUCCUAAGCUUAAAGACGUCAAGAGCAGGGAAAAUCACAUUAGUCUGUUGGACUACGUUGUUUCCUACUAUCUGCGUCACCUUGACAAGAAUGCUGGGACUGAAAAGAGCAUCUUUCCUUGGCCCGAACCUCAAGAUGUUUUCCUUUCCUCCCAAGUGAAGUUUGAUGACCUCUUAAACGACCUCAGGAAGCUGAACAGAGACCUGACAGUUUGUGAAAAGGAUGUUCUGACUGUGUGUACCAACUCGUCUCAUGAGCAUGUACAUCCCUUCAAGGAGAAAAUGGACUUUUUCAUUGCCAGCGCACAAAAGGAGCUAAUUGCUGUGGAACAUCAAGUGAUAUCAGCACGUAAAAGCUUCUCUGACCUAGUGGAGUACCUUGGAUUAAAGCCACGUUCUGGAGAGCCAGAGAUUGUGCCUGGUCAUGUCUUCACACUUUGGUUUGAAUUCUGCAAUGAUUUCAAGAUCAGGUGGAAGAGAGAGAACAAGGUCAUAUCCAAACAGAGAAUCAAAGAGGCCCAACAGUCAGUGCGCAACAUGACGGCAGAGAAGAAGAUUGAGACCAGAAGGGCACAUGCGAAUGGACUGAAAGAGAGACUGCGUCUGAAAGAAGCAAGCCUGACCACCAUCUAACCCCAUCUGCCAUUACCAAAGAGGACCAAAUGCAUUUAUAUUUGAGACCCACGCACUUGUAUUUUUGGCAGGGUUAGAUUAAGGUGCACCUGUUUGUCUGAUAGUUUUUACUCAAGACUGCAGAGAUAGAAGAUGAUAACCUGUCUGUCAGUAUAAUGAUCCCAUUCCAAUGUAUAAUCCAACAACCAAUGGCUCACCAAAAAAACAUGUUUCAGAUAAAAAUGCUGCUCAAAUGAGAAACAUUUAAGAAAUGUUUAUAUUUAGCUCAAUCUGUUCUGGGAUUUUCACCAGUCUAAACAAUUAAGGGUUGAAAAAGCAGUCUCAACAUUUGACUUUGAAAAAGGCAGUAACUUUAUUUUGUAUAAAGAGUAGCAAAGUUGAGUAACUUUUUAUGUUCAUAUUAAAUGACAAUGAUAAAAAACAAUGACAAUGUAAAUGUGAAAUAAUAUAAUAUUAAACUACCCUAUUAGUUUUAUUUGGAUGAACAGCACAUAUUUUUAUUGAUGACAGUUAUGUGGCUUCAUCACUUCGUAUUGCCAUUUAAUCACAGUAAUAAUGUUCCUUUUAUAAUAAACCCAACAUUGUAAAAAAAAAAAUAUAUAAAAACAUGCAUUUUA